AUGCCUCAAGUCACAAUCCCCAGUGACUCUGCCAGCCAGAAGACUAUGGUCGCCGUGCUUGCCACUGCAGCCGAUGCUGGUAACCCGCUGGCUAUGUUAAAAGUCGACCACGUCCCCCUACCCAAAGUUCCAGCCGGAUGGGUUCGAGUGAAGAUACAAGCUGCCGCUAUAAACUACCAUGAUAUCUUUACGCUUCAGGGAGUUGCAGUCCAUCCUCUCAACUACCCCAUGAUUCUUGGAUGCGAGGGCUGCGGUUCUCUUGAAGAUGGUACUCCGGUCAUCCUGUAUCCCGUCAUGGGCGAUCCGGACUAUCUUGGUGACGAGACCUUGGAUCCUCGCCGACAUGUCUUUCAUGAAAUUACCGGUGGCACGCUAGCAGAAUAUGUUGUUGCCCCCGCCAGAAAUGUUCUUCCGAGACCUCCUGAACUUGAUGCUACACGGGGCGCGGUGCUGGGAAUCUCAUGGCUUACCGCGUAUCGGAUGAUUUUUACAAAGAGCGGUAUCCGUGCAGGACAGACCAUGCUCGUACAAGGCUCUUCAGGAGGGGUUUCUACAGCUCUGAUUCAGCUGGGUGCAGCUGCUGGGAUGCGUGUAUGGUGUACUGGUCGGUCAGAGGAGAAGCGAGAUCUCGCUAAGAAGCUAGGAGCGGAGCGAUCCUUUGCGCCUGGCGAGUCACUUCCUUCCCUUGUUGAUGCCGUGUUUGAUACGUCUGGUGAAGCUACAUGGGCACAUACAUUGGAGGCCGUGAAGCCAGGUGGAACGAUUGUCACCUGCGGGGCUCAUGGCGGAUUCCAGGUAUCGAUGAGUCUUCGGCGGAUAUUCAAUGACCAAAUCAGUAUCCACGGUGUAUAUGCGGGAACGAUGCAAGAGUUCAAGGAUCUCAUUCAGUUUGUGAUCGCUAAGAAUAUUCAACCUAUGAUCGGCAAGGUUGUUCCGAUAUCAGACGCCUACAAAGCAUUCGAGGCUGUUUAUGGAGGACGAACAUCAGGGAAGGCUGUGGUGACCAUGUAG